AGCCUAUUUAUACCAACAGAGCUUCAGUUCUUGAAAAGCGAAUACGAUUCCGUCUCUCAUUUCAUUUCAAUUUCAUUUGUAAUUAGGGUUUUGGGAGAUGGCGAUGGUGAAAUGAGAGAAGGGAUGAAGACGACGAUGUCUGGAGAGAAGGUUGCAGUCGAGCUGUGCAAGGGCAUCAAUGGCCUCGACAAGAUCGUCUUGAGAGAGGCCCGUGGUUCCUCUGCCGAGGUGUGUUUGUAUGGGGGUCAAGUGACUUCUUGGAAGAACGACCAUGGGGAAGAACUGCUUUUCAUGAGUAGUAAGGCUAUUUUCAAGCCUCCAAAAGCCAUACGUGGAGGGAUUCCAAUAUGCUUUCCUCAAUUCUCUAGUCAUGGAUCUCUUGAACAACAUGGGUUUGCAAGGAACAGGAUUUGGAGCAUUGACACCGAUCCACCACCUUUCCCGACAAAUAGCUCCAAUAAGGCUUUUGUUGAUUUAAUUCUCAAGCCAUCUGAAGAAGAUAUGAAAAUCUGGCCCCACUGUUAUGAGUUUCGUCUACGGGUAAGUCUGAGUCCCAGUGGAGAUCUGAUGUUGAUAUCCCGCAUACGAAAUACCAACACAGAUGGAAAGCCGUUUUCUUUCACCUUCGCAUAUCAUACUUAUUUCUCUGUUUCUGAUAUCAGUGAAGUGCGGGUAGAAGGACUGGAGACUCUUGAUUAUCUAGAUAAUCUAGAGGACAAGAAGCGAUUCACUGAGCAAGGAGAUGCAAUAACAUUUGAAUCAGAAGUUGACAAGAUAUAUGUCAGCACACCAACCAAAAUUGCGAUUCUGGAUCAUGAGAAGAAGCGCACAUUUGUUUUGAGGAAAGAUGGACUUCCGGAUGCUGUCGUAUGGAAUCCUUGGGACAGGAAGGCGAAGGCCAUACCUGAUUUGGGUGAUGAUGAUUACAAGCAUAUGUUGUGUGUGGAGGCUGCAGCUGUUGAGAAGCCUAUCACUUUGAAACCUGGUGAGGAAUGGAAAGGAAGACAAGAACUGUGUGCUGUUCCUUCCAGUUACUGUAGUGGGCAAUUGGAUCCUCAAAGGGUUCUCCAUGGCUGAAAGACCCGUCAAUUGGUGCAUCCAGUACAGGCACGCUUGUUGUGCAUCAUCGGAUCAUAUGCUCUCAUCAGUGAACUCUACCCGUUCUUUCUCCCUCAUGGGCCAAGCGAAUCCAAAGCAGAAUUCUGUCAAAUAAACCAUGCUUUCCUUGAGCAUUAUUUGGCAAAAGGAGAGAGUCUGAACCUGUUUUUGUAUAUCUACAAGAAAUGAGAAAUACGGUUUUUAAGGGUUGGACCUGUGUGAAUGUGUUUGUGAUUAGGUCUCUUUGUUGAAAGAUGUGUUAGGGUGGGUCGUUUUAUAUGCCUGCUUCUGUAGUCAUCUGAUGGUCAGAAUUCUGAAAUUCCAAUCAAAAUGCUUUGGUUUCUUGAA